AUGCCCUCAUCCUCAUGUGCCUCGGUUCAAGAUGGGAGCAGAGGCCGAGAAUACACAAGAUGGCCCGAAGGCUUGAAAACUACACUAGGCGACGAGGUUGAAGACGCAGUAGAAGAAACAUUCCUGCUCUUCACUAAGGAGAUUCCUUCCCAAAGCCUAGGCUUCGUGGACUCUAAGGCGAUUACUCUCGAUAUCGAUGUUGGAAAGCGAACAUUCAUGGUUCAGCAGUCUCCUGGAAUCCUUCACUCAAAUCGUGCUGCUGGUACCACUGGUGCCGUGUUAUGGAAGAUCACACCACUGGUUGCAAAUUGGCUUUCUUCCACCGAAUGUUUUCUCUGGCAACUAGGCUGGCUUCGAUCUGACUCAACAAUUGUAGAACUGGGGUGUGGUAUUUCAGGGCUCAUUCCUUGCGCUAUGGCACCCUUGCUACCUUCUGGAGUCUACGUACUGACAGACCAAGCCUAUGUGAUGAAGCUACUUCAUCAUAACGUAUUUGCAAAUCAGAAGCAGCAAUCUCUAGGGAGGUCCACUCGUGAGGAAUUACAGAUUCAACCAUUCACAUUCGAUUGGGAAACGGAUGCGGCGUCCAACAUCAGUACACUUCUAGGCAAAGACAAGGAGGUUGAUCUGAUUUUGGCAUGCGACUGUAUCUACAAUGAAUAUCUCAUCCGUCCUUUUGUUAGCACAUGUGCAUCGCUUUGUGCUCUGCGGUCAUCUAGCUCACAACGGACGGUGCUAUUGAUUGCUCAGCAGCUACGCUCAGAAGAUGUGCUGCAGAUGUGGCUGGAUGAAAUGUUGAAGUCUUUCUUGAUAUUCAGGGUGCCAGACAGACUUCUGCCAGAAGAGCUGAGAAACGGCUAUGCAAUACACAUAGCGAUUGUCAGGUAG